UAUAACAACGAGUGGCGCGAAUAAAUGCAUUUUCCGUGAAUUGAUGUGAGAUGGCCCUGUCGCUGCAGUCGACGCAGAAUUCGAGAGGUGUGUCAGUGAGGCCCCUAUCAACUAUGCGUCAGGAGUCGUUGCCGAUGUUAGCAGAGCGGCUCUUGGCUACCCGCGCCGCAGCUCUUGUCGCAGGAUUACCCGCCGAGUUGUACUCUGGCGCAUUACUAGCAGCAUGGCCUCCGUCACCACCGGCACCACUGUUGCCACCCCCAGAGUUUGAAAGAACUAGGAAACGACGGCGAACACCCAAGCUUGAAGACACCACGUCUACAGCUCCACCUUCUCCACCUUCUUCGGGCUCCUCUCCAGGUGCGACUGAUCCGCCACGGGAUAAAUUAUUUACUUGCAAAGUUUGCUCCCGCUCUUUCGGCUACAAACAUGUCCUACAAAAUCAUGAGCGCACGCACACAGGUGAAAAACCAUUUGAAUGUGGCGAAUGUCACAAAAGGUUUACCCGCGAUCAUCAUCUGAAAACGCAUUUACGUCUUCAUACAGGAGAAAAACCUUACAGUUGCCCACAUUGUCCACGUCACUUCGUGCAAGUUGCAAACUUACGACGGCAUCUACGUGUCCACACUGGAGAGCGGCCAUAUGCAUGUGCGCGAUGUCCGGCUCGCUUUUCUGAUUCAAACCAGCUGAAAGCUCAUGCUUUAGUACAUGAAGGAGAUGCCCCAUUCGCGUGCCGCUGUGGAGCUAGGUUUAGACGCCGGCAAGCUGCAGCAUUACACAGAUGCUCAGGUACCGGCUGUGAACCUGAUAUGCCUAGUCCACCGGCGGCAUCAGCGCCGGAUUGGCGUUGGGAUGAGUGGCCCGAACAAACGGAGCCCGAGGACCUGUCGCUACCUAGGAGACCGGCCACGCCGGACUCGCCCACCGACUUGCGCGUUCAUUCUGCGUAG